GGUAGUUCGUCAGCUGACUGAACCAAACAGCAGCGUCGUUCUCUCAACAACAGGAAAUACUGUCCAUUCAUACUCAGGGCUGAUCAUGAAGAAAAAUAAAACCAAAUCUGUCGGAGCCGCUGAGAAAGAGUAUGUGUUCGAGUUCAGGGCAGGAAAACACAACUGCGUCCUGAAGGUACCGCUCAAGUUUCCUGUUCAAGAGAACGUCAGUGACCUUCACGGACGCUUGAUGCUGCUGCAUAAAAUACCCUGCUAUAUAGAAAAUGAGCUAAAAACCUCACUUUCCAGCUUCAUUGAGAGUGAAACCAUCCUGGAUUAUGACAGAGAGGCAGAGCUGGCCCUGCAGAGACUCACCACAGGGGAUGUCGAUGUAAACCAGCUCACUAAUGCUUGGACCAGGUCUUAUAUGGAGACUACGCUGGAGCAUGCUCGGCCUGAAGAGCCCAGCUGGGACGAGGACUUUGCUGAUGUUUACCAUGAGCUGAUCCACUCCCCGGCCUCAGACACUCUGCUCAACCUGGAGCACAACUACUUUGUCAGCAUCUCUGAGCUCAUCAGUGAGAGAGACAUGGAGAUUAAGAAGCUUCAGGAGAGGCAAGCAGCUGAAAUGGACAAGGUGAUGCACGAGCUGGGGAAUACUUUGAGUGACCACGACGUAAAUGCAGUCGCAUCACAGCAUUUCGAUGCACAGCAGGUGCUGGAGAACAAGUGGGGCAGCGAGCUGAAGCAAGUCACCUGCAUUCAGAAGCAGGAGUACCAGGAGUGGGUCAUCAAGCUGCAUCAAGAUCUGCAGAAACCCAACAACAGCAGCAAAAUUAAUGAGGAGAUUAAGGUUCAGCCCAACCAGCUGUCAGAGCUGGAAGAUUCUGGGUCGAGGAUGUUUGAGGAGCAGCCUCAGCUGGAGGAGAGCUUCACCAUACACUUAGGAGCACAGCUGAAGACGAUGCACAACUUGCGGCUGGUGCGCGCAGACGUGCUCGAUUUCUGUAAACACCGGCGGCACGGCAGCGGCGGAGCAAAGCUGCGGCGGCUACAAACGGCGCUCUCGCUGUACUCCUCUUCGCUCUGUGGUUUGGUGCUGUUGGUCGACAACAGGGUCAACUCCUACAGUGGCAUCAAGAGAGACUUUGCAACAGUGGCGAAGGAGUGCACAGACUUCCACUUUCCCUGUCUGGAGGAGCAGCUGGAGGAGGUGCAGCAGGUGGUGCUCUAUGCCAGAGCACAGCGGUAUAGCAAGAAUAAAGACCAACCUGAGAUUCCAAGGAACGGAGGUGAUGAGAAGAGCAAAAAUGUUGAAAGAAACCCUUCUAACAUCUUACCAGGUGAGUUCUACAUCUCGCGGCACUCCAACCUCUCAGAGGUCCAUGCCGUCUUCCACCUGUGUGUAGACGACAACGUGCGGUCGGGAAACAUCACAGCACGCGACCCGGCCAUAAUGGGGUUGAGAAACAUCCUGAAGGUCUGCUGUACACACGACAUCACCACGGUUACAGUGCCUCUGCUCCUGGUCCAUGACAUGUCCGAGGAGAUGACCAUACCAUGGUGCCUAAAGCGAGCUGAGCUGGUAUUCAAAUGUGUGAAAGGCUUCAUGAUGGAGAUGGCCUCAUGGGAUGGAGGAAUAUCACGCACCGUUCAGUUUCUGGUGCCAAAGAGUAUCUCAGAGGAAAUGUUCUACCAGUUGAGCACCAUGCUGCCUCAGAUCUUCCGCGUCUCCUCCACCCUGACUCUCACCUCAAAGCACUGACGGAUUAGGCACCACGCUGCUCGCACGUGGCAUUCGGAUGAUGCGGACUUCUUCUAACAGCAUUGACCAAUGUGUUGGGGUUUUCUUUGAAGUGGAGAUUCCGUGACUGAAGUAGAGAGUUUGUAAAAAAAAA